CCUCGUGACGUCACAUCAGCUGACUGCGGUCUCUCAGAAGUAGGAUUCUCCGUCGACCUUCGUCUCCGUGAAUUCUUCCUCCGGUUCCAGCGCCGCGCUCCGCAGCUCCUCUCCCCGACAUGGCGAGUCAGUCCCAGGGCAUCCAGCAGCUGCUGCAGGCUGAGAAGAGAGCGGCCGAGAAGGUGGCAGAGGCCCGCAAACGUAAGAACCGUCGUCUGAAGCAGGCGAAGGAAGAAGCGCAGGCGGAGAUCGAACAGUAUCGUCUGCAGAGGGAGAAGGAGUUCAAGACCAAAGAAGCCGCUGCACUCGGUUCCCAUGGCAACAGCGCGGUGGAGGUGGACCGCGACACGGUGGAGCGGAUGGGUCAUAUCCAGGCCAGUUACCGCGGCAACCGGGAGGCGGUGCUGGGCGAGCUCCUGCGACGUGUCUGCGACAUCCAUCCAGAGUUUCACGCUAACUACCGCGUGGCCGGCUGAGGGGGCGGGGCCACGACACCUCGGGGUCUUUAAUAAAUGUUGUGUUACAUGUUGAUGUUUACAAGAUAUUUAUAUCAGAAUGUUUGUGUCUGUUAAAUCUAUAAAUCUAUAAAUGUUUCCUGAACCUUACAAAAUAAAAGUGGUUAUUCACUGUAUGUGUGAACGGUGAGAAUCAGCCAAUCAUAAAUAUCAUUUAAUUAGUCUGCUCCUCUUCUCUCACCUGAUUGGCUGGGUGGAAAGUGGGAAUCUCUAUUGUGGAGAAUCAGUUUUUUGUUGUUUCCUGUGUGACCAUGUGACUUCCUGUUGAUGUUUGUGAAAUGGUGAAACAGAAAAAUAUUAAACUUCAUGUUUAUCAGCUGAAA